AUGGUGUCAGAGUUUAGUAUCAUGAGCGAAACGAGGAGACCAAGAGACUCUUACCUUUCUGGUUCGCAUGUUAGGCUUUGUGGGGGUACCGCUGCGGUAGUCAAACCAAAGGCGGAGCUCCGAUCGGGAUGCACAGAAUCACGCCCUCCCUCAUAUCUAUCCCUCGGUGUUUCAUACGGUAUCAUUCGACCGUACGGGCCCACGCUGGUCCUGAUUGCCAUCUGA